GGUGAAGUAAAAGUUUUUUAUUUUAAUACUUCCAUGAAAGAAAAAAGAAACAGGAUAAUUAGUAAACAAGAGAUUGUUUUUACAAAAUCUAGAACUACGGCAGCAAACUUCGGACAAGACAAAAAUCAACAUUCUUGGCCACUUUUUAUCUAUAAACUCACACCCACUGUCGUUAUUCUCUCCCCUGACUCACGUGCACUAGACGUGAGUACCUCGUGUGUGCUCAUCGCCUACCAUGCCUCAAAUCAACGACCCAGAAAUCUUACUAGACCUGAAAUGGUUGUCUUCAGAAUAUUUUAAGUUUUUACCCAAAACAAAAGAUCUAGAGGUGACGUCAUACUUCGACGGUCUGAUGGUCAAGCUAAAAGACCUCAAAUGGGAACCAGAAUCCAACUCCAGCCAGCAGAGUGAACUGGAUAUUUCUGGAAAUGUGGGCGUGGCCUAUAGUGAGCUGUACGGGGAGGUCAUCAGCAAGGUCAACAUGGCCGUGACCCCACAGGUAUCAGCGGAAGUGGCUCUGCUUCAUGGGUGUAUCAUAGGUCUUGACGAAAGGACGGUGGACUUACCUCUUGAAGGUCUACCCCCUGAUAUUAAGGAACGUACGGGCGAGAGAUGGGAAUUUCAACCUGGGAAAUUAGUCAGCACUUUUACAAAACCUGGUCCGACCUUUCAACGUGAGGUCAUUAGUUCCAAAUUUGGGAGCAGUGUUAGCAUUAAUACGGAUCCCCUAGUAGGAGUUUCAACUCGAACAAAAACAAUUUCAACAGCGGCGACGAAUGCGGAGAUUAAAUCAUUUAAUAGCAGCUACAUCAGAUACUUUACUGCUCGAAUUAAACUCCGAGGGAAUGUAAAAUCCGUCUAUCAGGACAAGAAAUCUCAAAGACAAGUAAUCAAUACGCCAAUCCACACUAUGAUAGAGAGAGUAAAGACAAAUAUGAACGAUGGCUUUGAAACUUGUUUUUACGAGAUCAAUAAAUUAAAAGUCAGCAAAGUUCUAAAUAAUAAAAGUGUUAGUUUUAUGAUCCGUGGUCAACUGAACAUCAAAUUUAAAGACAUUGACUUUCUACAAAGAGAUUAUAUGCUAUGGUGACUUAAGGCAACACUGCUUUCUUUGGUUUAUGCCACGGUUUUAAAACAAUUAUACGACAAAAAAAUUUUCUGCUGAUGUACAACUGUAAAUAUGUCUAGAAAAACAUUAUUUAUUAUAAAGUGAUAUUUAUUAUGGCUAUUGCUAACAUCUGUUUCCUGUUUAAAAACACUGGUAUUAGCUUUCUUUAUUCACUAUGUGA